ACGACGACGUUUCUCUUCUGUCGGGCCAACUCAUCGGUAUCUUUUUCAAACGAAUACGAAUUAUGUUUGUUUUCUCCUCGUAAAGUUAUGACAUGUAUAAUACUAUUUAGCUUAUAAAUAGAAGAACAUAUAAUAGCAAAAUGGAGGUACAAUAUCUCGCUAUCUUGUUAAGUAUAUUUUGGUGUAACUGCGAUGCUAUUAUGUGGAGUUUGGCACCUAACACCCAAAAAUGUUUAAAAGAAGAGUUACAAGGAAACGUGCUAGUCGCUGGAGAAUAUGAAAUUACAGAAGUUACUGGUCAACGUGUAGAUUAUGUUGUCAAAGACUCAAAAGGCCACAUCUUAGCACAGAAUGAUAACAUUAAAAAAGGAAAAUUCACAUUUGUGACAGAAACAUAUGAUACAUUUGAAGUUUGUUUCAUAUCCAAAAUGCCACCUGAACGCCGUGGUGUGCCACAAGAUGUACAUUUAGACAUUAAAGUAGGAAUUGAAGCUAAAAACUAUGAAGGCAAUACAUGGAUUGGUGAAGCCGCCAAAUUGAAGCCAAUGGAACUGGAGUUGAAAAGAUUGGAAGAUCUCUCAGAGGCUAUCGUCCAGGACUUCACUCUCAUGAGGAAGAGGGAAGAGGAAAUGAGGGACACUAAUGAGUCAACGAACAACAGAGUCCUGUUCUUCAGUAUAUUUUCAAUGGUGUGCCUGUUGGGACUGGCGACGUGGCAAGUGCUCUACCUCCGUAGAUACUUCAAAGCCAAGAAACUUAUUGAAUAACAACUUUAUUUAUUUGGGUGUAGUCACACUUGUGUCCCGCGUCUUCUAAUAAUUUUUACCUAUAAAAUGAUAUCAUUCUUAGAAGUAAGUUGAAUAAAAUUUGCAAGUUUUUAUCGAUUAAUGUGCAUAAGUAAAUAAGUAUUAAAUUGUCCUAUUUUUAUGAAUUUAAUACUCUGUUAUGUUUUUGCACAAAUACAUAUACAUUUGGUGACGUAACAAUAGAACAAACCUAAUUUGUGGAUUACUUACCUUAUAAUAUGCUGUGGCUACACCGUUUUAGAUCUCGCGGCAAAAAGUGGUCGAGGCGUCGCGUAAUAUACAAUAACUUAAACAGAUUUAUUUAAUAUUUUUGUUGUAUGUAUAUGAAUGAUUUUGUCUAAGGAUGUAUAAAAGUAUUUGAAAUAA